AUGGAGACGGUGGUGGACGUGGAGAUGAUGAUGGAUCAAGGGGCGGGCGAUAACAGGGAGUGGUGGAAGGGGUUGAGGGUGUCCACGCCGGAGUACUAUGCCGUCUGCGCCUUCGGCGGCAUGCUGAGCGCCGGGACGACGCAUCUCGCCAUCACGCCGCUUGAUGUCCUCAAGGUUAACAUGCAGGUUGGCCGUCUCUUUAUCUCGCCCUUUGUGCAUCCCUCUUGUUUACGCCGAAUACAUUUUCUGAUUUGGUUUUGGUUUUUCUUUCUCUCGUGAUUUAUCAAAGGUUUUAUAAGAUUGUCAGGACUCUUCUUGCGACUGGAUGGAUCGGAAGGAUUGGCCAUUUGUGGCAUAGCUUAUUAAGUUGAUGAAGCUUGCUUUGGACAACGUCGUUAACAAAAUGAUAAACCUAGGUGCUUCUUAAGUGCAAGAUUAAAUUCAGAUGGGAAUCUUUUUCCCUGUUUGUAGAUAUGAACCCAUAUUUGAUAGUCUUAUGAUAGACGCAUGAUUCUUUGCUUUGACGAGCCAUGGAUGGUUGUCGGGUGAUCAUAUUGCAUUUUAAAAGCUUGGAAAAUAUAUUUGGGGAAGGUUAUCUAUUGAUGAUCUUGCAUGGGAUCAUCCUUAAAAUACCUUCCAACUUUGCAAGUUCUAGAACGUGCACAUGGGAUCAUAUUGUGUGGAAAUUGGGUGCUGCAGGGGAAGAUGCCAUGCCAUUUCGUACUCAUGAAUCACCUAUGGUUUAGUCCUGUAUAUCUCUCUGGCUCUGUAUGUUCGUUAUUCUUGAUGGGCUUCCCUGUUUGAUUUGAUAGCCAUCAUCCCCUGUGCACAACAGGAUAAGAAAUCAACAAUUUUCACACAGCAUCACCGAACACGAAGCUUUGAUCCUUCCUAUGAUCUAAUUUUUGGUGUUGGUUUCUAAGAAGGCAUGGUGCCCUCCUUCAUUUCCGCCUUUCGAUGACAUUUAUUUCUUAUGGCGAUUUCACUUCUAGUCCUCUGUAACAAUAUGCUCUAGUACACCCCCCCCCCCAUCUCCCCACACCAGCAAACAUAUUAUUGUUAUUGUAGCUUUGAUUUAUAGAAAUAUUAUGAUUCAUUGUUUUUUGCUUCCUGUAGGUGAACCCAAUGAAGUACACUAGCAUUUUAUCUGGGCUGAAUGUCCUCGUGAAAGAGCAGGGCCCCUCAGUGCUUUGGAGAGGAUGGGCGGGGAAACUUUUCGGCUAUGGUGCUCAGGGUGGCUGCAAGUUUGGUCUCUAUGAGUACCUCAAAAAUUUUUAUUCUGAUAUAUUAGUGGACCAGAGCAGAACUUCCAUCUAUCUUCUCAGUAGUGCAUCUGCCCAGGUGGUGGCAGAUGUAGCCCUUUGCCCAUUUGAAGCUGUGAAAGUUCGUGUUCAAACGCAACCCAGAUUUGCCAGGGGUUUGGCCGACGGUUUUCCAAAGCUGUACGCUUCUGAAGGUUUAUCGGGGUAAAGAAGUCGUAUGAUCUAACCUCAGUUGAUAUAUGGAAAGGUGAUGUCAAAAACAAUACUAAGUUCUGUUCUUUUUACAGCUUCUACAGGGGACUCUUUCCAUUGUGGGGGCGUAAUCUUCCAUGUAAGUGCCCCAUUUUCCCUUUUACGCGUCAUUCAUUCUCCCAUCCUCUCUACCAGCGCAAGUAAUUUCCUGAUUCUGUUUAGUAAUAGCAAGGGAUUAGCAAAUGCGCAUCCAUCUGUCCUUAGUGCCUUCCUUAAUUUAUCUUGCCUUUCAUGAUUAGAUACCAACUGAAGCCAUGCCGUGUGAAAAUAAUUGUAGUACAAUAUAUCUUCUGAAUAUAUCUUGUGUCUUCCACACAUUCAUGCAUCACAAUUUAUGGUUGGAAUAUUUAUAUUUCACCUUCAUUCCCACUGAAUCACGGUUUUAUGAACCCUCAAAUUUACAUUCGCAGUCUCUGUUCUUAUGUUCUCAACAUUCGAGCACUCUGUGGACAUUAUAUACCGCCAUGUCAUCCAAAGGAGGAAAGAAGACUGCUCGAAGAUUCAGCAGCUCGGAGUGACGUGCAUGGCAGGCUAUGCAUCUGGUGCCGUCGGAACAGUUGUUUCGAAUCCUGCUGACAACAUUGUUUCUUCACUUUAUAACAAAAAAGCCGACAGUAUCUUUCAGGUGGUCUCCGGCAUUGCGCUGGAUUUCUUCCCUUCACAUAAUUUUUAUCCGAAAAGCACGUAUGAGAAUCACAUUCUGAUAUUAGUUUCCUCAUCUCAGGCUGCGAAGAACAUUGGGGUGAUGAAUCUAUUCACUAGAAGUCUUCCUGUUAGAUUCACGCUUGUUGGGCCUGUGGUAACUAUGCAGUGGUUCUUCUACGACAGUAUCAAGGUGUUGAUGGGAUUGUAAGUGUUUAUGUUUUGUUAACUCUACGUUGUUGUUGAGUAUUCCCACUUCCGUACGUCAGCUAGUUGGGAUCUACAUUAAUUACUGCACCGUUGACCUCGUUCUCGGGAUCAUUUCCAUUCGAAUAUUUCUACUUCUGUAAUUCUAUAAAUACGAGAAGUUGACUUUAUUACAACCAGAUUGAAGGUUUUUCCACGUCUUCCUCCUUUGUGUUCAUUAACCAUGCUCGUGGGCUUCAACUCCUGCCCCAUUAUUUAAGGGCGUAUUUUUCUUUGGGGGAUUUUAUCAAUGUUUUUGCUUUAGAUGGGAAGAACCCAGAUAGAAAUGAGGUCGUUUUUAUCGUGGGUCGUUUCUCAUAAGAUAUUCAGAGCUCAUAGAACACUUGCAUUCUUUUAUUUUUUUUAUUUUUUUAUGAAUGUAUUCGGUUUGAUCCAAAAGUCAAAUUAACACCCUUUUGUGGUAAUUUCUCAGCCCGACAAGUGGAGGCAACAUCAACCACUCAGAUGAAGUCAACGAUGGAUAA